UCGUCUGCACGGUCAUGUCUGCAAAUUUGGCAGAUUUGAUAUAAAUGAAUGUUAAAUCCUAGCUGUCAAAACUAAAACAUUCAUACAAGGUUUAUUUUACCAACAUUUUCUUUAAAAUAAAAAUACAAAUGAAUCGCAAGUUUUAAUGGAUGAUAAAGAAAAUUCAGAAGCAAUAGAAGAAAAAUCAUCGCAAGAAGAAAAUAUACUCGGUAAGAAAUCGAUUAACAAUGCAAUUAUACAAACGCAAAAUGUUGCCGGUCCUUCUAGAGUUUUAAAUUUACCAGGAGCAAUCCCACAUAGUCCUAGGAAUAACCUAAGAACUGGACUUUCGAAGUCCGAGCAUAGCAUCAGACAAAUUAUUACAAGCCAAGAUGUUGCUGAUGCUCUCAGACUUACCUCAAUAAGCUUUGGUAAAGCAGACCAAACAAAACAUGUAGAGAUGAAAGAACUGAAAAUACCGAUACUAGAAAAUUUCCAAAAUAAAGAAGAUGGUUCUAUUACAUACAAUGAACUUAAGAAGUUCAUGGCCUCCUGUUUCAAACUGAAUAAAACUGUGCCGAAUACAGUAAACGAAGCAUCAAAUGUGAAUAUUCGUGCUGUUAUCAGUACAAUAACCAAUGAUUUAGUACAGAAUGUUCCGCAUGCAAGUCUUAUAACUAAUGAAAGAGCUGCGAAUGAAGUUACACUUACAAAAAAUUCUCCUAAACAAUCCAAAACUAUUGAAGAAAGGAACAAAAAUAAAACAUUAAGUAAUGCGACGGAAAGGUCAGACUUAGAAGUAGUACAACGCGAUUCUCUUUCAAGCAUCGGCUCUAAUGUGUGCAGGAUUUGCAUGACAAGAGGAAAAGAAAGAUUAAUAUCGCCUUGCAAUUGCAAGGGGUCGCUGGCAAACGUCCACCUCUCGUGUUUGCAAAGGUGGCUUAAUCAAGUGGGCAGAAACCACUGUGAGCUGUGCGGUUUCAGCUACCCGGCGAUCCGCACGCCUCGCUACACCGUGCUACAGGCGCUGCGGCUGUGGUUCUGCAAUCCGCGGAAUAGGAGUCAUCUACAGUCCGAUUGCCUGAUUUUUUGGCUGCUGUCGACGGUAACCGCCGGGCUUCUGGCGGUAUGCAUCGUUGGCACACAAUACUUUGUGAUUGAGGGUAACAAUUUUGGUAAGCUCGAUGCAGCUAGAAAAAGUGAAGGAAUAUCGCACCGAAUCACCGAAACUGCAAUGGACUUCUUCAUGGCUAUAGUGUUAUGUGGCUACUCUGUCACCGUGUACUUCUUGUGGAAGGACCACUACGUGAUGUGGAACCGCUGGCGCCGCGCCAACGUCAACGUGCAGCUGCUGCUCACCCCGGACACGAACCCUGUGCCUUUUGUACCGAGAUCUAGAUAUAACGUCGUUUGAAUACAAGUUUUAUUAUAAUUUAACUGGUUUGUU